AUGCUCGGUGGCGCCGGUGCCGACCUCCAAUUUUCACCCCCCAAUCUUACUCGUCCCGUCGAUUUGUCUACAACCCCGCGCCCUACCCCCACGGUGGAGAAGGAUAACAGUCAUCGCGUUCCCGUGGAAGCCGUUACUAUGACCUGGCAGUUUGGGAUCGCACGUAUGCGGGCACCGCUACGAUGCCCAACAAUUCCGCGGUCGAAUAUCCCUCGGGUUGCGCGGGGGCAGACUCGUCUCCUCCAGCCUCGCGCGUUCUCCAAAGCCGCAGCCCCCUUUGGUCCGGGGAGCUUCAAGGCAUCGUCAGGUAAGGUCUCCGGGAAUCGCACCCAGCCCCCAUUUCAGCCCGACGGGCUUGCUACUCUCCUUUCAUUUAUUACGUUUGAUGGCAUCCUCCGAUCCCCAGAGCUAGAAUCUGGGCGGAGCCCACCUGGGUGGUCUCCAACCCGUGACCUUAUUUAUGAGCGAUUUUGCGCCAAGCUGUUGAAAUUGACCAUGGAGACCCAGACAACAGUAGUAUCCUAUACCGCACGACGCACAUUGUCGACCACGCCUGUCCGCUGCCUAAACGUGGAAAACAUCAACCCCUAUGUCAAGGCCGCCAAGUAUGCCGUGCGUGGUGAGCUUGCCGUCAAGGCAGAGGAAUACCGUGUGAGGCUCGCCAACGGAGACAAGUCCCUGCCCUUUGACAGCGUCAUCUUCGCCAACAUCGGCAAUCCGCAGCAGCUGGAUCAGAAACCCAUUACCUUCUUCCGUCAAGUCCUCAGUCUCCUUGAAAACCCGCUACUACUGGAAAAUAAGGAAGUCCUCCGCACCUCCUUUGGUUAUCAACCAGAUGUGAUCGAGCGCGCGGAGCAGCUCCUCGGCGAAGUCCAAAGCGUGGGUGCAUACAGUCACAGUCAAGGAGCCCCUCUUAUCCGAGACAGCGUUGCCAAGUUUAUCCAGGACCGUGAUGGAUUCGCUGCUGACCGUCAUUCGAUCUUCCUAACGGGUGGUGCGUCGUCAGGUGUGAACACCCUUCUAAAUGUUAUUUGCAACGGCCCCAAUGCCGGUGUCCUGGUCCCUAUCCCUCAGUAUCCGCUGUACACCGCUACUCUAUCCCUCUUGAACGCAAAGUGCGUCCCUUACUACUUGGAGGAGCACAAGGCCUGGGGUACUGACGUGGCCGCCAUGCACAAAUCUGUGCAGGAAGCGAAGGCUGCCGGUAUCGACAUCCGUGCUAUUGUGGUGAUCAACCCUGGGAACCCUACUGGCGCGUCCCUGAGCCCGGAGGAUAUUAAGAGCGUCAUUGACAUUGCUGCUGAAGAGAAUCUGGUGGUUAUCGCGGACGAAGUUUACCAGACAAACGUGUUCAUUGGAGAAUUCACAUCCUUCAAGAAGAGGCUCCGCGAGCUGCAGCACCAGGUGCCCGUCAAGUACGACAAUGUUGAGCUGGUCUCCCUCCACAGUGUGUCCAAGGGUAUGGUUGGUGAAUGUGGUCACCGUGGUGGGUACUUUGAGCUCGUCGGAUUUGAUCCCGCUGUGGCUGCUGAGAUCUACAAAUUCAUCAGUAUUAUGCUCUGUCCUCCUGUCAUAGGCCAGUGUCUGGUUGAGCUGAUGGUCAACCCCCCCAAGAACGGUGAGCCCAGCUUCGAGCUUUACCAGAAGGAGUACAAUGGCAUUCGGGAUGGGCUGCAAAAGCGCGCCUUUGCCCUGUACGAAGCCUUCCAGCGCAUGGAGGGUGUUGAAUGCCAAGAGCCUCAGGGUGCCAUGUACCUCUUCCCCACCAUCACACUGCCCCCCAAGGCCGUUGAAGCUGCUGCUGCUGAAAACCGUGUUGCCGACGAGUUCUACUGCCUGCGCCUUCUCGACGCCACUGGCGUCUGCGUCGUUCCGGGCUCUGGAUUCGGCCAGAAAGAAAACACACUCCACUUCCGUACCACGUUCUUGGCCCCCGGAACGGACUGGGUGGAGCGUAUUGUGAAGUUCCACUCGGAGUUCAUGGCUCAAUACAAAUGA